CUCAGAUAUACUGAGUGAGCCCUAAGAAGCAGUCUCAGAUCCUGACGGUGCAGCAGCCUGCAGCCUCAGCCAGGGAGUCCCAGCCGCUUUCAAUGGAGGAGAAGCCCGGCCAGCCACAGCCUCAGCACCAUCACAGCCACCACCACCCGCACCAUCAUCCCCAGCAGCAGCAGCAGCAGCAGCAACAGCCGCACCACCACCACCAUUAUUAUUUCUACAACCAUAGCCACAACCACCACCACCACCACCAUCACCAGCAGCCUCACCAGUACCUGCAGCAUGGAGUCGAGGGCAGCCCCAAGGCCCAGCCAAAGCCACUGAAACAUGAGCAGAAACACGCCCUCCAGCAGCACCAGGAAACGCCGAAGAAGAAAACAGGUUAUGGUGAACUAAAUGGUAAUGCUGGAGAAAGGGAAAUAUCUUCAAAGAACUUGGGUUCUGAUGAAGCUACCAGCCCUUUUUCCAGGGUCCUCAAUGGCAACCAGCAAGUGGUAGACACUAAUGUGAAGCAGACUGUGAAGCCCGGCACCUUUGGGAGAGCAGGAAUUAAAACCAAGAAUUUCAUUCAGAAAAACAGUAUGGACAAAAAGAAUGGAAAGUCUUACGAAAAUAAAUCUGGCGAGAACCAAUCUGUAGACAAGACGGACACUAUAGCGAUUCCAAAUGGUGUUAUAACAAAUAAUUCUGGCUAUAUUGCUAAUGGUUAUGUGGGCAAAGGGGCAGAUAAUGACGGUAGCGGGUCUGAGAGUGGAUAUACCACUCCAAAAAAGAGGAAAGCUAGGCGCAAUAGUGCCAAGGGUUGUGAAAACCUAAAUUUAGUGCAGGACAAAAUAAUGCAACAAGAGACCAGUGUCCCACCCUUGAAACAGGGACUUGAAACUUUCAAGCCUGAUUAUAGCGAACAAAAGGGAAAUCGAGUAGAUGGUUCUAAGCCCAUUUGGAAGUAUGAAACUGGGCCUGGAGGAACAAGCCGAGGAAAACCUGUGGGUGAUAUGCUGCGGAAGAGUUCUGAUAUUAAACCUGGUGUGAGCAGUAAAAAGUUUGAUGAUCGGCCCAAAGGAAAGCAUGCAUCAGCCGUUGCCUCCAAGGAGGACUCAUGGACCCUAUUUAAACCACCCCCAGUUUUUCCAGUGGACAAUAGCAGUGCUAAAAUAGUUCCUAAAAUAAGUUAUGCAAGCAAAGUUAAGGAAAACCUCAACAAAACUGUACAGAAUUCUUCUGUGUCUCCAUCUUCAUCUUCAUCCUCUUCAUCAUCUACUGGGGAAACUCAGACCCAGUCUUCAAGCCGGCUAUCCCAGGUCCCUAUGUCUGCGCUGAAAUCUGUUACUUCUGCCAACUUUUCUAAUGGGCCUGUUUUAGCAGGGACUGAUGCAAGUGUGUAUUCUCCAGGGAGUCAGCCACUGCUGACUGCUGCUGCUAGUACUCUAACACCCAUCUCCUCUGGAACUGAUUCAGUGCUCCAGGACAUGAGUUUAACUUCAGCAGCUGUUGAACAAAUUAAGUCUAGCCUUUUUAUCUACCCUUCAAAUAUGCAAACUGUGCUGUUGAGCACAGCACAAGUAGACCUGCCCUCUCAGACGGAUCAACAAAACCUGGGGGAUAUUUUCCAGAAUCAGUGGGGUUUAUCAUUUAUAAACGAGCCCAGUGCUGGCCCUGAGACUGUUACUGGGAAGUCUUCAGAUCAUAAAGUAAUGGAAGUGACAUUUCAAGGGGAAUAUCCUGCCACUUUGGUUUCACAGGGUGCUGAAAUAAUCCCCUCAGGAACUGAGCAUCCUGUGUUUCCCAAGGCUUAUGAGCUGGAAAAACGGACUAGUCCUCAAGUUCUGGGUAGCAUUAUAAAAUCUGGGACUACCAGUGAGAGUGGAGCCUUAUCCUUGGAACCCAGUCAUAUAGGUGACCUGCAAAAAGCAGACACCAGUAGUCAAGGUGCUUUAGUGUUUUUCUCAAAGGACUACGAGAUAGAAAAUCCAAAUCCUUUGGCCUCUCCCACGAACACUUUGUUAGGCUCUGCCAAAGAACAGAAAUACCAGAGAGGCCUAGAAAGGAAUGAUAGCUGGGGUUCUUUUGACCUGAGGGCUGCUAUUGUAUAUCACACUAAAGAAAUGGAAUCUAUUUGGAAUUUACAGAAGCAAGAUCCCAAAAGGAUAAUCACUUACAACGAAGCCAUGGAUAGUCCAGAUCAAUGAAGGUAGCAGGACCAGACUGCCUGUUUGUAACCUUUCUGCAGCAUUAGAGCCACCGUUCAUGGGGGACGCAAGGCUUUUAUGCUCCUAGAUCUUCAACGCAGCAGAGGAACCAUAAGUAGAAUCACAGGAUAAUAUAUACAAAUAUAUAUAUAUAUAUAUAUAGUUAUUUAAAAAAAGGCAACUGAAAGUAAUUAGACUUCUUAAGGAAUCAAAAAUUAUUUCAAGAGACUACACAUGGUUAUUUAAUCUCCGGUACUGAAUAGUUUUUUUUUUUUUUCCUCCCCUCUUUUGUUAGAUAUUGUUUUUAAGAGUGAAUGCAAGUGAUUAAUGAAUACAGACUAAACAAGCGUGGUUCUAAAGUUCCUGCUGUCAUCAACCUGGGCAACAAAUGACCCACUGGAAAGGCACAUCCACUUAAAAAGAUCUCUGUAUCUUGUUCUGUGACUAAAGUGGUACACUAAUCAUGGGGAGCCCAGAAUGAUUCAACAUCUUCCCCACUCCUCCCUUGAUCUUUUGGUUUUCCUUUGAACCCUGCGAGAAUGCUGGAUAAAUGCCUUGACGUUUGCAGGGGUAUAUAUUUUUUUUUUUUUUUUUUUUAGCGAAUAUGAUUUGCAUGUCUUGCCAGGAGUUAAGCUCGGCCUCUGUGGGGUGUUGGGGAAAUACUUUUCUUUCUUUCCUUUUAUUUUUUUGGUGCGGUGGGGGUAGGGGAGGGCAUUAAAGUUCUACAAUUCUGGAAUGGUUGGUGGUACAUAGUCACUUGGCUUUGGUUACACAUUGGACUUUUACAACUGAAGAAUCCAUGAGUGUCAUUUUAAAGAAAAUUUGCAGAACAAGCUUAAAUAUUUAAUAAUGGGGGGAAAAAAAACCCUUUGUUCCCAUCUUUUAAUGUAAUUGUAUAACUGGGAGCAAAAACAUACUCUGCUUUUCAACUGUAGGUGCUCCAGACUUGCUCUAUGUCAGUAACACUAAAUGUGCUGUUCUCCUUGGUUUUCAUCAAACACCUGAAGAGAAACUAUAACAUCUUUCUGUAAAUUCUUUCCCUUUUAAUUUCUCAGAAAAAUCUUAAGAAGAAAAAAGCCCAUGAAGACUAAAACUUUUCAUGUUUUUAGCCAGUGAGGGGGUAAUAAACCCUGCUUAUAGAAGGUGUUUUCAUGCAAACUGUACUUCUGAGCUUUUUAGCUUCUAAUGAUAUCUUUAUAAAUAUAUUUUAUUACUAGAGCAAAAUGGGUUUUUUUAAGGAAAAAAUAAUGUGAAAUUCUGGAAAUUUUUCUUUCGGGCAGAGAAGAGCAAAGCCCUGUCCUAUCAUCACAUUGCCAUCCUGGUGCACUGCAGCUUGCGUGUAGCAUGCUAAAAUAAAUUUUUUGUGUGUGCAGAAACUAAGGGUCCAAUUUAAGAUUGGGUGAUGUUAGUGGAUAAAAACAAGUUCUCUGGCCUGACAUAAUAUCACAUCACACGCAGAGAAAUUAGUGUAUUAAUGUAGGUCAAAUACAGGUUGAGAUAGCAGGGCAUUUUAUAUGAGGUGUAGUCUAAUAAAGUCGAUUGUAUCCCCCAGGGUAUUUGGGGGAGAAAGUAACUGGUUUUGCUCUACCCGCCUGCUUAAGAAAUGUCCAGUUUUGAGAGACUAGUAUGAAUGGGUUUUCUUGUUCUGUUGAUUAUUUGAGGUUUUUAACAAAUAGUUCAUGAAAGAAGCUGUUGGACUCAACAUAGAUAGAGAAAUUAAAAUAUCUUUUUAGUCUGGAUUUCUGCCCUGCUUAGAUUUUUAAAGUAUAAGCAUGGAUUGCCAAUUCCACUUGAUGUAAACAAAACUUUUUAUACAUAAUAUAUAUAACUUAUUGUAUCAGUCCAGGUUCAGAAACUUGUGGUAGGCCAGUUCCAGAUAGUUUCAUUUCACCUGUAAACUGUAUCACUUUUACUGAUAUUGUAAUUUUCAAAUGUAUAAUAUGUUUACAGAUGUGCCCUGCAUUUAGUCUGCCUUGUUCUUAUUUUGAUUUUUGUUGAGUCUCCUGCCUGCUUGCCAAAAGCUAGGAUGCUUCAGGCCCAUGUACAAUUGAAAGCAGAGGCAUCCUUGAGCUUUAAAGCAUUGAACAAACUGGAAAAUGCGACAUACCAUAUACUGAAGUGAAAGAAGUCUGUGUUUCUGUGUUUUUUUUAAAUAAAAAGAAAUUUUUAAAGUUAAAAAAAAAAAAAAAAGAUUAAAGGGGAAAAAAAGGCUCCAGUUUGUUUUAUAGGUUUUAAAGUUCUGCUGUGUGUUCAGUUGCCUUCUGUAAACCAUUUGUCGCCUUAGGGCCAGAUUCUUUUUUUUUUCCCAACAUCCAUUUUGCUUGCCUGGAAUUUUAAAGCUCUUCUGGCUCACAACUCACAGGAAACUUUCUGGGUUUGUGACAUACGGAGGUUGAAUGAAUAUAUAUUUAAAAAAAAAAAAAAAAAGAAAGAAAAACAGCCCC